ACUGUCAAGCAACAUGGCAACACUGCUCGUUUCUCAAAUCUUUUCAUCUGUCAAUUUACAAUCUCCCAAAAAAACCAAAACAAACAUCAGAGGUCAACCGCGGAUGUGAAAUUGGUUUUGCCAUAGAGCAUAUAGUAAAAAUAUCGUACGCACAUAAAGAACAAAGAAGUCUAAAUGGAAACUGCGUCGCAAUCAAAUUCGGCGGAAGAAAAAAUAUCACCAGGACAAGCAAAUCCUAAAGAUGCGAAUGAACCCGUUGUGGAUAUGACCUUUACAAGAGAAUUACGCCAAGCCACAAAAGAUGUACACAAGCUUAGUGAUGUUCUAGUGAAUGCUAAAUUUGCAUUGGCAUUAUCUGAUGAUGCGGUUUGGUAUGACGGCUUGUUAGCAUUUUUCGAAAUAUACAAAUUUCUUGAAGAAAAUCUACCUGAAAAUUUGCUUCCAAAAGAGCUUCACCGUAAAGACGCAUUUGAGCAGGAUUUGUCAUAUUUCCUUGGAGAAAAUUGGAAGGAUUCAUAUGAACCGCGUGAAAGUGUUAAGAAGUACCUCGGUCAUUUGCAGGAAGUGAAUUCAAAAAAUAAGCUGCUGUUAUUUGCCUAUGCUUACCAAAUGUAUAUGGCCUUAAUGUCAGGGGGUCAGUUGCUGCAAAAGAAGAGAAUGAUUAAGAGGAAACUAUGGAUUGGUAGGCAGGAUGAGGAAGACGAGGAGCCGAAACCAGCAAAUUCGAAUGCAAUAGAUGAUGACUUGGAGCAUCGUCCAAUGCCAAGGCAAGUUACGAUUUGUCCAGUAGGAUGUGCUGCAACAUUUUUUCCGGAAAAAAUUUCUGUAUUGAAGAAUAAAUUACGCCAAGUGCUCAACGAUAAUUAUGGAGCUUUUGAUGAUCGACUUCGCGCGGAAUUCAUUGAAGAAAGCCGUAACGUUUUUAUUUACAACGGUGAUGUUGUCCGCUCUAUAAAGGGCGUUAAUCGGGCAAAUCUUAGAAAAUUGGCCAUUGUAUUGGUGUUUGUAAUGGGUGUAUAUUUUGCAUUAAAGCUUGCUAAGCGUUAAUUCAAAAAAAAAAAAACUACAAUAAAACAGUGGAGGUAGAAAAAUAUAUAUGUAUGUAGUACGAUAUUGCAAAACAAGGGAGUUCUCAGAAGGUUAAAUAUACCAUAACAAAAAUUUGCUUGAAAUUAUUCGUCAAAAAUACUUGUAAGCCGCUUUGCAUUAUCAUAAAUAAAGAUAUGUUAAUCAAGAA